CAGGGUCUCUAUCGUCCAUGCUGGAGUGCAGUGGCACAAUCACUGCUCACUGCAGCUGUCACCUCUUGGGCUCAGGUGAUCCUCCCACCUCAGCCUCUUGAGUAGCUGGGACUACAGUCGCAUGCCACCACGCCCAGCUAAUUUGUUUUUGUAGAGAUGGGGUCUUGCCAUGUUGGCCAGUCUGCCCUUUCAUCAUCUAUCCUAUUACCUCCCUCCGUCCUCAGCUGGCGCCCCACUGAGAUCCCUAUCACUGGUGGUGCACCCGUCCCAUAGGUGCUGUAGGAGCUGGUUGGUAACUCUCAGCUGCCCCGGCCAGUAACUGACAUGUAGAAGGAGGGUACAAAAGACGGGCUCCCUUGCUUUAAGGAGGCCUAACUGUGGUGCCAUUUGUGCUCAGAGUUCCCCAUGAGAGCAAGCGGAAGCUAGUCUCCACGUGAGACCACACUCUGGCUCAGCCUUAGCCUUUUUCUCGCCCUGUCUUGCUUCCCUCACCCCCUUCUCCUGAGAGCACUUCCCCAGUAAUUCACUUGAACAAGAAUGCUCAGCUUAGGCUCUGCUUCUAGGGAACCUGACCCAUGAUACGCUCUGUUAGCUUCCUGAGAGACUAUCUUGUUAGUUCCCCUAGAACAAAUUCCUGUCUUGGACUCUGCUUAUGAUCACUCCCUUCAUUCCCCUGCCAAGAAUGACAGCUCAGUGAGGGAAUAUCUUCUUUACUUCCCUAGAACUGUUCCUAGAACACAGUAGGUGCUCAAUGAUGCACUGAAUGCAUGCAGGGGGGAGCCCAGAGUCUAUCUGACAGCUCAGCGGUCAGCACCCCUUCUUGUCCUGGGGUGGCCUGGCCUGGAGGCAUUGUGAGUCAUAGCAGGUGGACAAGAGCUGAGUGGGUCAGAGAUGGGACUAGCCCUGGGACAGCAGCUCAGCAACUCCACCCCAUCUUCCAGGUGAGGCACAACAUACAGUGAGGACUAACAGGGAAACAUCCUCCGAGAAGAUACAAUCUCAAGGGUGGGCCUGGAUGUGGGCUUCCAGAGACCAUCUCCCUGAACCAGAUCUUGGGGAUGCAGCGCCCCCUGGCUCGCCUUCAUCAUUCUGGACAUCCGGGCUCCCGAGACAAGAGCGCAGCACGAGUCGCCAGCGCUCCCGAGGCUCCCCUUCGAGCACCUGCGUGCCCUACAAGGUCCACGCCCUGGCAACCUUCGAGUGCUCGGCUACGAGCCAUGCCAGCCGCCUGUGGCAGACGCUGCAGCAGUUUUGGGCCGAUCACAUCUCGCGGCCCUUCUCGCCACGGCGGCCGCCGCUGCGCCGCAUGCCCUCCCUGUCCACCUUCUACCUGCUGGACCACAACACGCGCCAGGCCGAGCUGGGCCUCGCCUACGGCGCGCCGCGCAUGCGCCUCAGCAACCAGGCCUUCGUGUUCCGCGGCGGGCGGUGGACCACUGAGAGUCAGCUGGCGAGGACGCGGUCGCCGCUACUCUCGCGGACCGCCUGGGGCUGGAAGGCGCAGGUGCAGCGGACCAAAAGCCAAGUGUUGCUGGAGGAGAACAACUACCUGAAGCUGCAGCAGGAACUGCUCAUAGACAUGCUGACUGAGACCAUGGCGCGCAUGCACUUGCUGGAGAAGAAGCUCAACCCCGAGGUGAUCCCGACGGCUGCGGCGCGCGCCGGGCAGAGGAAGAUGCGCAAGCGCGCAGGCGCCAGCGGGGGCGUGCUCAUGAUCCAGCCGUGCGCUCUGGACUCGCAGUGA